ACGCCUGUCCGUUUGUCCGCGCUAUCAAUAAAGUUUUAGCGGGCAGGCUGUCUCUUUUCCCUGGCAAGAUGGCGGAGUACGACCUGACUACUCGCAUCGCGCACUUUCUGGAUCGGCAUUUGGUCUUCCCGCUCCUGGAGUUCCUCUCUGUGAAGGAGAUAUAUAAUGAAAAAGAAUUAUUACAAGGGAAAUUGGAUCUUCUUAGUGAUACAAACAUGGUAGACUUUGCUAUGGAUGUAUACAAAAACCUUUAUUCUGAUGAUAUCCCUCAUGCCUUGAGAGAAAAAAGAACCACAGUUGUUGCACAACUGAAACAGCUUCAGGCAGAAACAGAACCAAUUGUGAAGAUGUUUGAAGAUCCAGAAACCACAAGGCAGAUGCAGUCAACCAGGGAUGGUCGGAUGCUAUUUGACUACCUGGCGGACAAGCAUGGUUUUAGGCAGGAAUAUUUAGAUACACUCUACAGAUAUGCAAAGUUUCAAUAUGAAUGUGGAAAUUACUCAGGAGCAGCAGAAUAUCUUUACUUUUUUAGAGUAUUGGUUCCAGCAACAGAUAGGAAUGCUUUAAGCUCACUCUGGGGAAAACUGGCCUCUGAAAUCUUAAUGCAGAAUUGGGAUGCAGCCAUGGAAGACCUUACACGACUAAAAGAGACUAUAGACAAUAAUUCUGUGAGUUCUCCACUCCAGUCCCUUCAACAGCGAACAUGGCUCAUUCAUUGGUCUCUGUUCGUUUUUUUCAACCAUCCCAAAGGCCGUGAUAAUAUUAUUGAUCUCUUCCUUUACCAACCACAGUACCUUAAUGCAAUUCAGACAAUGUGUCCACAUAUUCUCCGCUAUUUGACCACUGCUGUCAUAACAAACAAAGAUGUCCGGAAACGCCGACAGGUGCUGAAAGAUCUAGUGAAAGUUAUUCAACAGGAGUCUUACACAUACAAGGACCCAAUUACAGAAUUUGUUGAAUGCUUAUAUGUUAACUUUGAUUUUGAUGGGGCUCAGAAAAAACUGAGGGAAUGUGAAUCACAUGUUAGCAGAUAAACUGAAUAUGACUCCAGAAGAAGCUGAAAGAUGGAUUGUGAAUUUGAUUAGAAAUGCAAGGUUGGACGCCAAGAUUGAUUCUAAACUAGGUCAUGUGGUUAUGGGUAACAACGCAGUGUCACCCUAUCAGCAAGUGAUUGAAAAGACCAAAAGUCUUUCUUUCAGAAGCCAAAUGUUGGCCAUGAAUAUUGAAAAGAAACUUAAUCAGAAUAGUAGAUCAGAGGCUCCCAACUGGGCAACACAGGAUUCUGGCUUCUAUUAAAGAACUGUAAGAAAGAAGAAAAAAUCGCAGUAACCAUUCUGUAAAGGGUGACGUAUACUUUAGAAACAGUUCACGUUUGGUAUAAAUUUGGGAGAAUUUGAAUAAAAUUGGCUGUGAUUCAUUUUUAUCUUAUGAAAGUC